AUGACAAUUCUUAUAAGCACGUGCAUAUGCUUAACUGUUAUAAUAGCAUACGCUGCUAUAUGCUGCAUACAAAGAGCCAACAAAACAUACAAAAUAGUACUGGACGAUCUCAACAAAAAGAUAGAGCUGAGCAUCAGCGCUAACAGUCCAGAGCGCUCGCUCUUGGCAGCAUCGCUGCAGGAGGCUCGCUGGAUGAUUGUGACAAUAAAGGAGUGCCAUAAAAUAGCACAGAUUGAUCUCAUAAAAAUAAUAAGCAGUCUCAGAGAGACAGGAAUAGAAGAGCUAGUGUUGGAAGAAGUGACUCAGCCAAUAAGCCAUUUGUGGAUUGUUCCGAUAAAGAGCAUCAGAAGCAUUUGUUUUAAGAAUAGCUCUAUCUCCCACGAGCUGCUGAAUGAGCUUGCUAGAAUACCGCAGCUCGAGCUUCUCAAAAUAAAGGGAUGCAGUACGCAGUGGAAAAAAACAAAAGAGUGUGCAGCUAUGAAUGAAAAUAUAAAGUCACUCGUUGUUGAAAAGACGAAAGAAAGGUUUGUAAGAAAGUUCUUGCAGUCAACGCGUUUCAAACACGUUAGAGAUCUGUACCUGAGCGGGACAGGAUUGGCAUCAUUCAACACUCUGCUUUACAUCUCCGGUGCAGACAUACGAAAGCUGAAAAUAUCGAACGAAAGAAUAAAGGAGGGAGACAGCGCGGUUUUCAAGUGCUUCAAGAAUCUGGAAAGCCUUUCUCUCCAUCAGAUCGACUUUGAUAGUGCGGAAGCACAGGAGAGCAGGGACAGCGCCGUGUUUACGUUUGAGAAGCUGUGGCAGUUUAAAGCGGACAGCUCGGUGUACAAGAAGGUCUUUCAUAAAGGGAAUUUUAAAACAAAAGAAAAGAAUCUGCAGAUCACAAUAAACCACAGCACAAACAAAGGAGGAUACGCAGUGGAGUACGUGCCCAUCUCAAAAAAGGUGCUGGGCGUGUUUAGCUCAAAGAGCGUGACAAAUGCUCUGCAGGUGAAGGUCUCUGAGCACAUAAAAAAGAAAGAAAAAGUGAGCCAUACAAUUGAUGAGCCAGCAGAGGAAAAAAACCAGAAAAACUCCAUUAUAUUCCUGGAAGACGCAGAAAUAAAACACCUUACAGUGAGCAUAGAGAUGAGAGACGGAAACAAAACAGAAGGCCUCCGUGUUCUUGAGAGCAUACUGAAAGAGUCAGAAGCGUACAAACUUGAAAAGAUAUCGGUUUAUUUCAAAUACUCAUGCAAGAUAGAUAAGAACUACAUUGAAAGCCUCAUAAACAAAGAGAAGCAUAGGUUCGUAAAAGAGGUGCUAUUUAGCAACAUAGUUAUAUACGAUGUGUCUCAUCCACAAGAAUCCUCAAAUGAAGCAGUAACAGUGCAUCUAAAGCAUGCUUCAUCAGAAGAGUCCAGUGAGCUGUGGCACGUAUUUGAAAAGAAAGAGAGUAGCUUAGACAGUCUUACAAUCAGCGAAGAGUACAGCACAGCAGCACAGAGCACCGUAUUCAGUAAAUAG